GACCGGAGCGCCGCGAAGGGCGGCGGAGAGCUGCGGGCUCCGGGCUGCGGGCUCCGGGCUGCGGGCUCCCGGCUGCGGACGGCGGGCGCGCGGCCGUGGGACAUGACGGCCGGCCUCCAGGCCGAGGGCGCGGACCUCGACCCCGCCUCCGCGCGGCUGCCCUCCCGGGUGGCCAAGCUGCUGUCGGCGCUUUUCUACGGGACUUGCUCCUUCCUCAUCGUGCUGGUCAACAAGGCACUGCUGACCACCUACCGAUUCCCAUCACCAAUUUUUCUUGGAAUUGGGCAGAUGGCAGUGACCAUAAUGGUACUGUAUGUAUCUAAACUAAAUAAACUAAUUCAUUUCCCUGAUUUUGACAAGAAAAUUCCUGUGAAGCUGUUUCCUCUGCCUCUCCUCUACGUUGGAAACCACAUAAGUGGAUUAUCAAGCACAAGUAAAUUAAGCUUGCCGAUGUUCACCGUGCUCAGGAAAUUUACCAUUCCACUCACUUUACUCCUGGAAACCAUCAUACUUGGGAAACAGUAUUCCUUGAGCAUCAUCGUCAGUGUUUUUACCAUUGUGCUUGGUGCUUUCAUAGCAGCUGGUUCUGACCUCGCCUUUAACUUGGAAGGCUAUAUUUUUGUAUUCCUGAAUGAUAUCUUCACAGCAGCAAAUGGAGUUUAUACCAAACAGAAAAUGGACCCCAAGGAGUUGGGGAAAUAUGGACUGCUUUUCUACAAUGCCUGCUUCAUGAUUAUACCAACUCUUAUCAUUAGUGUCUCUACCGGAGACCUUCAACAGGCUACUGAAUUCAAUGAAUGGAAGAAUGUUCUCUUUAUCAUACAGUUUCUUCUUUCCUGUUUUUUGGGGUUUCUGUUGAUGUACUCCACAGUUCUAUGCAGCUUUUACAAUUCGGCCCUCACAACAGCAGUGGUUGGAGCCAUCAAGAAUGUAUCCAUUGCCUACAUUGGAAUGUUAGUUGGUGGAGACUAUAUUUUCUCUAUGUUAAACUUUGUAGGGUUAAAUAUUUGCAUGGCAGGGGGCUUGAGAUACUCCUUUUUAACUCUGAGUGGCCAGUUGAACCCUAAACAACCCGUGGACGAAGAAGACAUUCCUCAGGAUUUGAAGAGUUACAAUCUGAGGCAAGAUUGCAGACCAGGACCAUAGGCGGGGCGGGGCGGGGUGGGACUGGGGGGCAGGGCGGGGGGCGGGGCAUCCCAGCUGUGGGAACCGGAAGCCAGAGGUUCUGGUCAGGGACAACACUCAGCCACCUGGUGAAAGCACAGCAGAAGCGUCUGCCAACUGCGAAGAGAAUCUACCUCACACGCUGCUGCACAGCGAGCCAUCGCCAGCCCUCGGAAGCUUAUUUGGGCAAAGCCUUACCAUCUGAAAGUGAAUCUUUCAGAGGAAACCAUUGAGGAAAGGGACCUCAACCAAGGAUUUUGGGCGGGCAGAGAACUGAUUGGUCGGCCAGCCGCAUCUCUGAGCUGCUGUCCCCCCCCAGUACCAUGUGCGUUUAAGAGGACGGAAAUGGCCGACGGUGUGAGUCAUUAUUAUCAGCACCUUGGCCUUAAUUUCAAGGAUCCCAGCCAAAGCAGAGUCCAGUGAGAACAGUUUUCUUUUCAGUUUAAACAAACAUGUCCUUACUUUAAUAAAAUUAGCCCAUCAACUACAAGUUAGUUGUUAGCUCUGAUUUCAUCAUAUAUCUUGAGAUCUUUUCCCGAUCAUCAAAGUAAAAUAAAAAUAAUUUAUAGGCA